GGGGGUGUAUGCUCACAAAUACAUCUUCUACGACAAAAGGAGAAUGGAAUUGCAAAGAUGAUAUAGAGCAACCCGUACUAUAUAUUUGAGGAGAAAGACGUCGUCGUCGUUGUCCGCUGUGAGCACUGUGCGUCCUGGCCCGAAAUAUCGGAGUCGGUGCACGUGGUGACAGUGGCGCAGCUCAUUAUGUCAGCACACCGAGAAAGGAACGGUUCUUUCACUCAAGUUUCGCUCUCCAUUCGGUUCUUGCCAGGUUCUCGCUUUCACAUGAGGAUGGCGACUUGGAAUUCCGAAGAUGAAUUUGACCAGAUGCCCGACGAUAUAGACUUUGCUGCCAUCGGAGAGGACCAAUGGAACGCAAUACAGAUUCAGAAUUCUUCAACACGUGUACAAUCCAAUGUACAUGCCAUAGAUAUUUCCGCAAACUCUCAACCGCCUAUAUCAUACGAAGGGCAUCGCAUCGCAGAGACACAAAGCGCUGAUAUUACAGUGCCCCAAUUCGUGCAAGGCUCCUCCAAUUUGUAUCCUGAGCCAGUUACUGAAACCAGAAGAGCGAUUACUCCUAGUAGUGUCUACUCCUCGGAUGACGCUGAUGAACUCGAUGAUGCCUUCUUCCAGCAAUUGGACGAAUUAGAGAACCAGAUUAUUAAUGGGUCUAGCGCAACAGCGCCUGCCGCUACGAUGCCUUCCGAAAUUAGUGUCACACCAGAACCUUCUUUCAGCAACGUUUAUGACACAGAGAUAGACUCUCCUCCAAUGAAACGUCGUCGCCUCGAAGACUGCAAUGAGAAUUCUGAGACACCUUUGAAGCAGAGCAUAAAAAAGUUCGAGGGUGAUUGGGCGGAACUGUUAGAUGAAUACGACGAUGAACUUAAUUGUCCAGUAUGCUGUGAUAUAUUAGUUGCGGCACACCUGGUCAACGGUUGUGGGCAUACACUGUGUGGAUCUUGUGGCUACCAAUGGAUCGUGGAGAAGUACCGAAAUACGUGCCCUGUGUGUCGUGCAAAAUGCCACGCCCUCACUCCUCUAAUACCCAAUAUAACCGCCGACAAUUUUGUUCAUAAACACCUCCGUGUCCGCGCGAGGCUUGGAGAUAAAGACUGGGAAGUGGGUGGGUCGAAACUUCUGGAAUGGCAAGGCAGGAAAGAGUGAGUGCUUCGCACAGGUGUUUUGCAUACAACCUUUUACACAUAUCGAUCUCGCUAGUAAAUGGAAGAACGACUGCGAACAGCGCACUCGGCGAUCGAAGAAAAUGCCAUCUAAUGUAAUUCGACCUCGAGUUGACAACCUGGGGCAGCUGGCAUAUACGAACCGUUUUCUUUUCUGAUAACAUUGUAUGUAGUAAAGAUUGUAUCCUUAUCUUAUUAGUGUAUCGUCGACAGGACCGAAAUGAAUAAAUCGUGACGUCAAAUC